AUGGGCUGUAACGGGAUCGGCUGUAACGGGAUCGGCUCGCGCACACUCCCCCCUCCCCCCAACCGCUUUCCCCGCCCCCUUCUCUGUCGUCACUUCCGGCGGCGCCGCGCCCGGUGUCAACUUCCGCUUCCGUCCGCCUCGCCGCCGGCAGCCGCCACCGGGCGCGCGUGGCUGUCGGUUACUUCCGCUUCCGGUAGAACCGUGUGGGGGGUUCCGGUGAGGCCGGGCCUGGGCCUGCCCCGGAGCCGCCGCCGCUCGGGUCCGUCCGGUACCGGCCCCGGCCCCUCGGAUGCUGCCGCGGAGCCCAUGAGGAUGGAGGCCCGGGAGGGCCGCGCCGGGCCCGGCUCCGCGUUCGAGGCCCGGAGCAAGCUUUCACCCAACAAGAUGAGUGCUUUCGCCUGCCCUGCUGGCAACGCCUCCUGUGCCCUCAACUACAGCCCAGACGUCCCCAGCCCUGAGAGCUACCGGGCACCGGGGGAGCCGCGAGCCUUCGGCUGCAGCGCCAAUGGGCAGUGGAGGGGCCUGGCCCCUGCUCUGGGCUCGGUGCCACAGAAGCCACGGGUGAGCCGAGGCUCUUACCUUGAUGCUCGUAAGAGCCCCAGUGGGCCAUCCAACAGCUUUGUAGGGAAAUCAAACCACCACUGCCAUGCCUCUGCCUUCCCCAUCAAACCUGCACAGAGCCCCUCAUGGAGCGGCCCCUGCCGCCGCAGCCUGCUCAGCCCCAAGAAGACCCCCCGGCGCUUCAUCAGCACGGCCGAGGAGACUGUUCGAGAGGAGGAGCGGGAGAUCUACAGGCAGCUGCUUCAGAUGGUCACAGGAAAGCAGUUUUCCACGUCCAAGCCCUCCUCACUGUUCCCCUUCCAUCUGUCCCGGUGUUCCAAUUCCAGCAAAGCUGUGGUGAAGGAAGCUCCCAGCCAGAACUCGAAGCUCUUUGAAGCUCCCAGUGUUGCCCCAGCCACUUCAGCACCCAGCGUCCUCAGAGCACAGGAGCAGGCGUCCCAUAAACCAUCGCUCUACUCUGCCCCCAGCUACUCCUCCAGCAUCUUUGAGUCCAGUAACUCCAGAGCCCAGCAGCAGCAGGAAAACCCACCAGCAUCUAGCACACAGUCUGAAGGGUCAGACUCUGUCAUUUUGCUCAAAGUAAAGGAUUCCAGAACCCCAGCACCAAGCCUCCCGUUCUUCCAGGCAGAGCUAUGGAUCAAAGAACUGACCAGUGUCUACGACUCACGAGCUCGGGAGAGGUGGAGGCAAAUAGAGGAGCAGAAAGCCUUGGCCUUGCAGCUGCAGAGCCAGCGGUUGCAGGAACAGGAGCACUCUGUGCAGGAUCGGGUGGAUUUGAAUCUUCGAGUCCCCUUGGAAAAGGAAAUCCCUGUCACGGUGGUCCCAGAAGAGAAGGAAGAUGCCAAGUCAGCUGAUGGUGAAGAGGAGUUCCCUGAAAUCACCGAGGAAAUGGAAAAGGAAAUCAAGAGCGUGUUCCGAGGUGGGAACCAGGAUGAGAUCCUCAGUGAAGCUUUCCGGUUAACAAUCACUCGGAAAGACAUCCAGACCCUCAAUAACCUGAACUGGCUCAACGACGAGAUAAUCAAUUUCUACAUGAACCUGCUGAUGGAGAGGAGCAAGGAGAAGGGGCUGCCUGCGGUUCACGCCUUCAAUACUUUCUUCUUCACCAAGUUAAAAACAGCAGGGUACCAGGCUGUCAAACGGUGGACUAAAAAAGUGGAUAUCUUCUCCGUGGAUCUCCUCCUGGUGCCCAUCCAUCUGGGAGUGCAUUGGUGCCUAGCAGUUGUAGACUUCAGGAAGAAAACCAUCACCUACUACGACUCCAUGGGUGGAAUAAACAGCGAAGCCUGCAGGAUCCUGUUGCAAUACCUGAAACAGGAAAGCCUUGACAAGAAAAGGAAGGAGUUUGACACCAAUGGCUGGUCGCUGCUGAGCAAGAAGAGCCAGGAGAUCCCACAGCAGAUGAAUGGCAGCGACUGUGGGAUGUUCGCCUGCAAAUACGCCGACUGCAUUACCAAAGACAAGCCCAUCAACUUCACCCAGCAGCACAUGCCGUACUUCCGCAAGCGCAUGGCCUGGGAGAUCCUGCACCGCAAGCUCCUCUGAUGCCCUCGAGCCCUGAACCCUGCCAGGUUCUCUCCAAGUGCCCUGAGCAUGGACCUGCCCUUGGGGCUCCAAAGCCCCCACGAGCCAGCUCUGCAUCCUGAUCAGGCACCAUCACGGACCAAGCCGAGUGUUCACAAGCACACUUGCUUUUCCCCCUUUGCUCUUUUGGGGUUUGUAUCUCCAGACCUGGGGUUUGGGGUUUUUUAUGAGCAAUUUCAGGUGCUGAGACUUGUGGGGGCAGCUUCACCAUCCAAGGAGCUUUUCAUCUUUCCCUUUGCCAGCUUUGAGCCCACGGUGUGACUUUGGCUGGAUUUCAGGGCAGGGGAAGGCACUCGAGGUGGCUCUGGGCUCUUUGUGCACUGGGGGAGCACUGAACUGGGUGGGCAAAAGCCUCUUUGGGGGUGGAUGUGGAGGGAUUUGCUUGUAGACGGAUGUGGUUGGUGGAUCCUCUACUCCUGUAUCACCUCCCCUCCAUCCUCAAAGGCAGGGUUUGCUCACCCAUCACCAAACUGUGCCCCUUAGCACCCAUUGGGUGAUAACCUGGUACCUCUGGUGAUGGGUUUUGGAGGGCUGGGGCAGGUCGGGAUCCUCAAGGGCAGGAUUUGGGGGAUCUCUGAAAGCAAAAAGCAGCUUUUGCCGGAGGCAUUUUCCUCCCUGAGGACUUCACCCCCAGGGCUGGAAGCCUCCAAGUGUUUACGGAUAUUCAGGUACAAAACCAGAGCCGUUCCCUUGGCUUUGUGCUCGUUGCCAAACUCCCCCUUCUUCUGGAGCCACGGAACAAAGGCUGAGGGUGCUGGGGUCGGGCUGCUUGGGUCCCCUUUGCCUCCUGGCAGGGGCUGGGGCUGGAGCAGGAUGAAUCCACUCCAGGCUGUUUUGCACAUGGUUUGCUUGAGGCUGAUGCUGGGUCAGAGGCUGCAUUUGAAGGCAAAGCCCCGCAGGGUUCAGUUGGGAAGCGCUUCCAAAGGUACCUCCGAGUCCAUCCGGGAAGUGCUUCAACCCUUCCAAAAAGUGGGAUUUUGGGGGCUGCCCCCCCCCCCCCCCCC